AUGUUGGUAAAUGGAAUUGCCUAUUCCGUGACAUCUGCUCUUGGUAACGGGGGCAAUUUCACUGCUCAGUGUAUUCAAUCAAACCUGCUACCGCCUCUGAGUGACAUCAUCUCGGCGCUUAACAAUGCCACUAUGGUUUCUAGUGCCAUCGCUGGCAAUGAACCAAUCAAUUGCGCCAGUGGAAAUCUCUUCAAGACUACUCUUGGGGAUUCAAAAUUCGUCAUUUGCUCUUUAGGCUCAACUGGUUUUGUCGUUCAUAAUUGCGAUUUGGAUAUUGUUGUCGACUAUUUGGACAGUCCAGUCACCAUAACUGCGCCCAAACUAAGUGAUGAUGAGGCACUGACUUGCGAAACUGUCGUGAGUCCCCUUUCAGUAUCGGAAACGACGCUCGCCUUGUUGACUGGUCAGCCCAUUCCGUCUUCAAAGCAACGUAAUUUGCAGGCUACAUCUACCGCAACUCUGGCACCUUCAUCUUGUGGAUUCAAGCUACUUUGGAGAUCUUUCCAAAAGCGCACCGUGCUGCUCCUCCGUGCACUAUGCCCAGCUGAACACCGUCGACAACCCGUGGACCGAUGCUACCUUGCAGCAAAAGCGGACACAAUCAUUGUCACGCACUCAAUGGGCGGUCUCAUGAUGGCUGGUGCUCUGGCAAAUGGACAAUGCUCGUUUGCAUCAAACACUUCAUGGGUGAGUUUGAGUGCACCGAUGGGUGGUAGUAUGGGCUCCGACUACGUCCAGAACGCUUGCAGCGGCAAAAACGUAUUUAUUCAGGCUAUAGUGAACCUAAUUGGACAAUGCCCUGUCAACAAUUCCACCCUGGGGCUUGCUUACCAGGACGAGAAUUUCAGCACGUCAGCUCUCAAUGCAGCAUUUUCUGCCGCUCAGGACGCAUUCCGUUCGAAUGUCCAUGCUGCAAUGUGCAGCGACAACUUCUCGGGGCUUUUUUCAUUUGAUCAGAUGAAGUACUUCAUGGGAGGCACCUUCGUCAACCACAAAUCAAAGCAAAAUGAUGGUAUCGUUGAGUACUUGAGCUGCUCGAAAGGACUUGAGAUGUCCACUUUCGGUAAUUCCUAUAACGACACUUUUUAUCUGACUGGUUUAAACCAUGCUGAUACAGCUUUUCUCCAUGGAGACUCGCUGUUUAGAGACUCGCACAAGCCAGUGAAAUGGUUUGAAUGCUUGUUAUAA